GAUGUUGGACAGAUGUUGGACAGAUGCUGGACAGAUGCUGGACAGAUGUGUGAUGCUGCAGCAGGUUAGCAGGAUGAUCACCUCGAGCAGCCAAUCAGUGAACUGAUAUGCUAAUUAACACUGGCCACGCCUCCACUUUGCGGUCAGCGCUGUGAUUGGUCAGCGAUUUGGCACUGACGGUGACUUCAUAAAAAAAAAAAAUCCAAAGAAUAAAAACAACAAACCGGCGCGUGAACGCGGCAGAUCCGUUUUUAGACCGAGAGCGCGCGAGCACAGGUCAGAUUUGGGCUACACACCGAGCACUUUGUAACGGAGAAAAGAAGAUUGUAGUAUUUAAUUUAAGGUAAAUAAAGCGAGAUGCCUCGCGGGUUUUUGGUGAAACGGAGUAAACGCGCCUCGGGGGGCUCGUACCGGAUCCGACAUGAGUGCGCGGAGGUGCAGAAAUCAGACCCGCACGCGCUGAAGAGCGAGACGCCGCGCGACCUGGUCAGAGCUCCGAGCACAGACGCCACAGCAGCACGCACUCUGCACGCGCAGCCGCCGGAACACGCAGCUCUCGCGCCCGGGCGGAGCGGCUUCCACAGCAGUAUCAGUAAUGAUUAUAACGAUGAUGAUGAUGAUGAUGAUGAAGAUGAUGAUAACGGCGCUGAGGAGGACUGUCACAGACCCGCGGUGCCCCUGAGCGCGGGAUUAAAGCGCUCCCCGUUCCCCCGGUGUCUCAGCUCACCGGCCGCAGCUGAAUCGUUCCCGGUGUCGUCCAUCGAGCGCCUUCUCCUCUCCAGCCGCGCGGACAUGAAGUUCGCUCCGUUCCCUUCAUCAGCAUUUCAGCAGAACCUGAAGCCCGAGACCAAGAGCAAGCCGCCGGGGAGGAAACCCAAAGUCGCCCGGAAGCUCACCUUUGAAGACGAGGUCACGACCUCUCCGGUGCUCGGACUGCGGAUCAAGAAGGAGAGCCCCGAGAGCGCGCCGUUACCGAGGAGCAAGAAGCCGCUGGGUGAGUUCAUCUGUCAGCUCUGCAAGGAGGAGUACCCCGACCCGUUCUCCCUCGCGCAGCACCGCUGCUCGCGCAUCGUCCGGGUGGAGUACCGGUGCCCCGAGUGCGACAAGGUGUUCAGCUGCCCCGCUAACCUGGCCUCACACCGCCGCUGGCACAAACCGCGCGACUCUCAGGACGGGAAAAAGUCUCAGGCGCACGAGAAAGCGUCGGUGGAAGGAAAGGAGAACGCGACCGACAUGAGAGUGAAGCAGCAGCAUCAUCCUCCUCAUCAUCCUCCUCAUCCUCAUCCUCAUCAUCCUCAGCAUCAGCUCCUGUUUUUCUCCGCCGAGAGCGCGCAGAGCGGCAUGCCUCCCGCGGACACGCGCCGCGGCGCGGCGGAGAAGUGCUUUGAUCUGCGCGCGGGCGCCAGUGACGACGGCUCGAGGCUGUUUGAGCGCCGCCGCGACGACACGGACUCCCUCGCGCCUGGGUAUCUGUGCGCGCGAGCAGCAGCAGCAGCAGCAGGAGGAGGAGGAGGAGGAACAGGAGAGGAGGAAGAGGAAGAGGAAGAGUACGCGUGCCACUACUGCACCAAGAAGUUCCGGAGGCACGCGUACCUGAGGAAGCACCUCGCCGCCCACCAGAGCGUCCACGCGGCGUCGUACAAGCACGCGGAGAGCGCGCCGAUCCCGUUCACGUGCCACCUGUGCGGCGCGCGCUUCCCCUCGGCGGAGGUGCGCGAGAAGCACCGGCUCUGGCACGCGCUCGCGGGACCGGCACCGGGCAAGACGGCGGGCGCGCUGAUGCGAGCGGAUCUCAUGCUGCCUCCAAAACCGAGCCGGAUGUGGGAGGUUCCGACUUGAAGUGUUCAUCCUGAGGACAGUUUUUACGACAUUUUUACGACAAGUGCUCGGGAGUCGCGAAUAAACAUGGACGCGUGAAACACAAACAAACAAACAAACAAACAAACAGUGUAUUUUCAUGGCUCGUGUGUAAACCAGGACAAAAGCAAACAGGAAAUAACAUCACAUUACACUGAUAAUAAUAAUAAUGAAUAAUAAUCAAUAAUGUUAUGAUAUUAAUGACGUGAUUCAGUGUAGUAGCUUAAAUGCUGAUUAGAGUCGUAUAACUGUGACGUCACUGACCUAAAGCAGAUGAAAAGGAGAAUUUCACAAACUCAGGUUUUGCAGGAAAGAAUAAGUGCUGUUUUUCUUUUCAUCAGUUCUGUCAGUGUGGCAGAGAAAAGGGAACUAAGCGGAACUUUCCGGAGGCUGUGGUGGAACCGUCAGGCGUCCAGAACCUUUAGCGGAUCUUUCACCCAGAAACGUGUGUGUAGUGAACCUUUAGAACUUUCUGCUGUAAGUAAAUCUCAGUGCAGUCCGUUUCUGUCGCUCCGUCCGCUUUCAGGUGAACGAUAGUAAACGUGCUAAAGGUAGAGAAGACGUGAGUUUCACCUCACUGGCACUGUAGUGUACAGUUAUUCUCAUGCUUAGUGCUGGAGGUGAAAUCCGUCCUCUCACGCUGGUACGCUUCCUCUAACACGUCCUCAACGUAAACUCCCAAAUCAUCUUCUUCAUCAUCUUCAUCAUCUUCAUCAUCAGAGUUCACAGUAAAACACACUUCAGUGGAAUAAUUCUGCACUAGGAAUGAGUCAGAAAUGAGUUUGAAAAUGUUGACAGUAAUGUUGAUGUUGUGUGAGAAACGUAGCCUCGUCUGCUUCUGAUAAAAAGGUUGUUGCUAUGGUAACUAAGGGUAUCACAAUAUAUCACAUCACAUGAUGACUUGAUGCGCAUCACGAUAUUUAGGUUUGCUAAGUAACUUCAGCAAUACAGUAAUGCUGCUGUUUAAAACGAGUAAUAAAUGUAUUCGUUAUUAAUAAACAAAUGUACAAUAUUUUUCUUUUUUUAGUACAAAGUACAAAAUUUGAAUGUAAUUAAAGAAGAGAAUGAAAACACGUCAUUAAAGCGUAUUGUGGCGUGAUGUGUGAUGAUGGCGUAUCGUCACAUGACCAGCCCUGACGUUAACACGGAUCAUCACACCGCGCACGUUUACGCUCACAGCGAUGGUUUAUUCCUCACAGGAGGUUUUCUGGAGUUCAGACGUCAGCAGCUACGAUCGUGUAAAAGCGCAACAACGACAAAUUUUAUUCGUGUUGUCGCGUCACUCAUCAUCGCACGUGCGUCACCCGCUGCUGUAAUCAUAUCCGUUAUAAUCAUACGCAAUCAUAUACACUGCUCCGAUGGAGGACUUGUGUAAGUUACGUAGCGCACAACGAUGUGUUUUUACGUCUUUUCAAUCAAAUAAACUCCGCCCAAAUUCAUGGUGAUGUCACAACACAUGCCUCAAAUCGCAACAAGUUACUGUUUUUAAGAUUAAAAUAAAUAUAAAUAAAGACUUUUACCUGAAGUCAGUCACGAUUAAAACAUUAAAACGGAUUUAGAUCUUAUUACUGUUCUGUUUAUUACGUAUUCCAGACGCCAUCUUUCAUCGUAACUGUCGCUAACGGCGUGUAGCUUCAUCCCAAAUAUCAAAUGUGAAAGAUAUUCCCGGAUACGGUCUUUAUAAAUUUCACACUUUCUUUUUAAAAAAGAAAAGACAACUGGCUACGUCCCGAAUCACACGCCGUCCUGAACAGCAUGCAUCACAGGUUUCCAUGGUUACCGCAGGUAGUACGUUGUGUGGUUUAUGACGUCAUCAUGCUAGCUAAGACUGGUGUGUGUGUGUGUGUGUGUGUGUGUGUGUGUGUGCAUGACUCCAGCUUCAGCAUGUGAGUAUUUUAUUAUUUUUUUCUGAUGUUCUUGCUGAGAUUUUGAUCCGAAUCCGACUCGAGGUGAAAGUGAUGAUCUUGUAAAAGCUGCUUUAAUAACGUUAAUGACACGACAUUAUUUUCUAUUAAUAGCGAGUAAGAUUCAGUAAAACACAUCGAGCAUGUAAAUGAAUUCAGUUCCCAUGGAAAGUUCACGUUGAUGUGCUUUCGUAAGUCGUUUCUCUGGCUCGUGUUUAAAUGUUCGUUUGUGAUUUGAUUAUUUUUGUGUCACGUCUGAAGAGAGGAUGUAUACAAUACGACAGUGAGAAAAGAAACUAAUUCCUAAUAAAGAAUAAGAUUAUAUGAAAUAAAUCAGUGUGUAGCAUUUCUUUUAUCCUGUGUGUCUGUAGAAUUAAAGUGAAAGGUUUCCACAGAGGCUGAAGAAUCUGCAGAUUAAUACAAACGACAGAAAUAAAUACAAUAAAUACAAUAAACACUCUCUGAAGUUAUCAAAUCUGUAGGAAGGAAAUAUUCAGGUCUCUGCUCUGUUUUAAUAAACGGCUAGUUUUUCAAAAAUCCGCUUUUCUUUUUAAACAUGUGGGAUAUUUAUAUAAAUUCAGGAUUUCAGCAGAUAAACUCGACGCGAGGGUUAAACAUUUAUAGCUAAAGUAGUUUUAAAGAACUUUUGUGAUGAUGUAAAUUUUUCCUUUCGACUGUUUCUAAGC